UCACACCAUUGUAUGCGCUAACCCCCAGAAAGAGCCAAUCUGGUUUUGGUUGUCAUCUGCAUUUUUAGCGGAGGGCUAAAUCCUCGAUGACGUCAGUCGACUAUAAAACAGGGGAGAAGUUCAGAUGGACCACAAAAACAAGUUACUGGAGCAAUUGAUCGUGCUGGAGUCUGAGCUGAAAAAAAAAGUUCAAUAAAUAUACGGCUAUGGUGAAGACUUCCGACUUCUAAGCGGACUUGAUAUAUUUUGAGAAGAAAAACAAUUGAAGAAGUUAUUCUUUUUCUUUUCGAUUUUUUGCUCCUGUGAUGCCUGCUGGCAUGUUCAGCAUCGACAGUAUUUUGGCUGGCAGACCCAGCUGUAAGGAAUCCGUUUUGCUACAUCGGAAUGCUCCGGUUGUGUUUUCUAAUUUGACUGACUCUCUCUAUACAGCUGCAGAAUACAAUGGGCUCUACUCGCACUCAACGGGACCCCCCGCCUCAAACCUCCAAGCAGUAAAUGGAUCUAGACUCGGAUAUAACAACUAUUAUUAUGGACAGCUUCAUGUACAGGGGCCAACUGGACCAGCGUGCUGCGGCGCAAUACCGGCUCUGGGUGCACAGCAGUGCCCCUGUAUUCCUGCAGGCUACGAAGGCGCCGGAUCUAUACUGCUGUCCCCCGUCCCUCACCAGAUGAUGCCUUAUAUGAAUGUAGGUACCUUGUCCAGGACAGAGCUUCAGUUGCUCAAUCAGUUGCACUGCAGGCGUAAGAGGAGACACCGGACCAUCUUCACUGACGAGCAGCUGGAGGCCCUGGAGAGUCUCUUCCAGGAGACCAAGUACCCGGACGUGGGCACGAGGGAGCAGCUGGCGCGCAGAGUGCACCUCCGGGAGGAGAAGGUUGAGGUGUGGUUCAAAAACCGAAGAGCAAAGUGGAGAAGACAAAAAAGGUCCUCUUCCGAGGAGUCGGAAAAUUCACAGAAAUGGAACAAACCUUCCAAAACUUCGACGGAAAAAAUGGAAGAAGGGAAGAGCGACGUGGACUCGGACAGCUGAUAUCGUCCCCUCAGCAGAAUAUCGGAAUUUCGGCAGACCAGGGCACGUGGAGGCGUCAAUGUUGCACACACUCGCGUUGUUUUAGACAAACUGUAAAUAGUGUACAUACUGUGUGGAUUCGCAAGUAAUAAAACGUGUUGCGAUGAUGUUGCACAAGCACAUAGUUACUUCUAUUAUUUGUUAUUUAUAUUUAAUUUAAAUUUAUUGUAACGUACUCGACAAUAAGUGAAAAAUUGUAAACAAGUCUAAAGCUUUAUUUUUCAAGUGUGUCUUUAUAUUUUUUUUCCAAGUGUGAAGUCUUUGGACUGAAAAAUGUGGUAUUUCGUAAAACACGUUUUAGCAUCAUACUAUUGUGUAAAAGCUCAUUAUUCCUGCCGACUCGUUCAAGUGCAAAAAACAUGAAAUCUAUCAAACUAAUUCGGGCAUAAACUUUAAGAUAUAAGGCAUCUUAUUAAAAAUAAAUAUAUUUUUCCAAGUUAAUAGAUAUAAUGCAUACGUUGUUUUAAUAUUGGGUUGUUCAUUAUUUCAUUUUACGUCUAUUUAAUUGUAGAAGAGACUUGAUGCCUGAGACUUCAAAAUACUAGGUCGGAAUGAAAUAGUUUAAGUUUCUUUUUUUACUGAAUCGUCUUUACGCAGUUACUAGUUGAAUAAAAACGUUUCAAACAU